UACAAAACCAUCACCAUCAUGAACUAUACGACAGCUGAUCUCGACAAUUACUUGGAGUUCGCCAUUCACCUUGCCAAGUUGGCAGGCCCUGUCAUCCUUGAAGGAUUCAAUUCGCGUUUCACGCCAGAGCGCACCGAGCAUCUUGUCAAGGUGGGCAACACAGCGGACCUGGUCACACUGUGGGACCAAAGGGUCGAGAAAUUGGUCCGCGCUGAAAUUACAGAAAAGAUGAAGACUCACUCAUUUAUUGGUGAGGAAACUGUUGCUGCAGGCGAGAAUUGCAGCUUGACCGAUGCUCCUACUUGGAUCGUUGAUCCUAUUGAUGGUACCACUAAUUUUGUACAUGGAUUCCCUUUUGUCGCAAUCUCGAUCGGCUUGGCCAUCAACAAGGAGCCAGUUGUAGGAGUUAUUUAUAAUCCUAUUUUGAAUCAAUUGUUCACAGCUGCAAAGGGUCAAGGAGCGUAUCUUUCCAAGAUUGAUGAGAACCCCCGUACACAAGGUCGACGCCUACCUCUGUCGUACCCUUACCCUCCGCCACCACUCCCUUCACUUUCCGUGGCUUUGAUCGCAGGUGAAUACGGAUCAGAGCGCAAAACUGAAAUCAUUGAUUCAAAGGUCAAAUCUUUGCGUAAUCUCUCUGCAAAAGAUCCUUCGGAUCUGGCGCCUGGUCGCGCAGUGGGACAUGCUCACGGUAUUCGCUGUCUAGGCAGUGCAGCUAUGGACAUGAUGACUAUUGCCCAAGGACAGAUGGACGUGUACUGGGAGAUUGGAUGCUGGGAGUGGGACGUAUGUGCUGGAAUCAUUAUUGUUCGCGAGGCUGGUGGUAUCGUGGUAGAUGGGUGCGGUCGGGAGGUAUCUGAUGGCCAGCUUUUGACGGGUCGUCGAUUCUUAGUUGUCCGCGGAUGCUGUGGUGAAGAUGGCGACACCUCUCCUGAGGCUUCAUACAAAGCUCAACAGAAAAUUAUACAAGAAGUUUGGUCCAUUGUUGAAGACCUUGAGUUACCUCGCAAGUAAAACUUAAAUCUUUUACAUGCAACAUUAUCAAAAAAGUAUUUAGAGCGGUUCAAAUCUUUUAUUUCAUUAUUUCAAAGCAUAUAAAAGCUACAGAAAAAAAAAAGAAAAAAAAAGGUUGAUGUCGAUGAUGAUGGAUCCAAUCAGUUUAGUCAAAGUUAUGACCAUUACGAACGUCGCGGAAGAGACUAAAGCCUCGACGGGGACGCCGUUGAGAUAAGAGGUACCAGAAAUAGUAAAGAGAAAGCAUCAUCUUGGAUCCAUUAUACCAUCAUGCCCAUCAUUCAUUUGCCUU